UCGAUUUUUAAAAAGUUCAACAAAUAAAUAUUCUAUUUGAAUUUUCGAAAAAAUAUUAUUAGAUCUUUAUCUAACAAAAACAUCACGAAUUUUACUGCAACCUACACAUAAUAAAUCCAGGUAAACCUGAGAAAGAGGUCUCUCUUUUUAUUUGUGUGUGUAGUAUUCCUGACCUUCCAGAUUAUGGUUUAUGUACAUUAAAUAUUUAACUUCUAAAACUUCCUGUGCCUUGAGAAAAAAAACAAAAUCCAUUAAAUUAAACGCAAUGGACGCUGUUCAUUCUGAUUGGUCAGCCCGCAUGAAGCCCCGCCUAGGAGCCUAUAUAAGAGCGCCGUUCGUAUGCGCUUCUCUAGAUUCAACACCUGCUUACUGUUGGACUUUACUGACAGCAUAUACUAGCCUUCCCACCAAUGGUUGUUCAAGUGAAAUCACGCAAUCGCUACAGCAGCAAAACCAUGGAAGGCAACCAGCAGAAAGUGGAAGCUAACAUUUUGUUACUUGGAGCUGAAAACGUUGGAAAGUCUGCUCUCACCGUGCGUUUCCUAACAAGGAGAUUCAUAGGAGAAUAUGGAGAUAUAGAAUCAAUAUACAGCCACACUGACAAGAUCGACGGCCGUGAAAUUUGCUUCAACAUAUGGGACUCGCUUUGCCCACAGAAUGCCGAAGAGUCCGGAUACAUCAGUGACAGGCAGCUGCAGUGGGCAGACGGCUAUAUCCUUGUUUACAGCAUCUGUGACCGUGCCAGCUUCAAUGUGGUGCGGCAACAAGUGCAGUGCAUACGACAAGCCAAGCAAAAACUGGCCAGCACAGCUCAAAUCAUCAUAGUGGGGAAUAAACGAGACCUCCAGCACCGCCGUACAGUGUCCAGUGAGGAGGGCCGGCUGCUGGCACUCUCAGCGGACUGUGGGUUUUUUGAGGUGUCCGCCGCCGAGACGUACCAUGGUGUUUUGAUGGUGUUUCAUGAACUGUUCGAGCUCAUUCGAGAAGCAAAAGCGCUCAAGAAGGGCACUGCAGGGUUCAAAGGUAUCGUGAGGAGCAUGUCUGCUGUAUUUGGAAGAAAACGGACUGAGUAGUUUCACAUUUCCCCUUCAAAGUGGUGGAAGAAUCAGGGAUAAGCCCUUUAUGGAAUCCAUAUUGGAACAAAGACUGAUUAUUUAACUCAACUGGAUUUUUGCAAGUUGACAAUCUUAGGGGCCGUUCACACAGCAUUUCAUCUGUGCCGUUUUUAACAAAAUGGUCACACAUUUUUGUCCAUUUCCUGCAUAUUAUACCAUGAGCAUCACGUUUAAGGCACCGGACCAGUUUAAAGCUGUUCAAAUUUUGAACUUCCAGUUUUAUAAUUAUUAUCUUUUGAAUGCAGAUGAUUUGUGUGAAUGGUCCUUUAUUCCUGAAUGUUCUAAGAAUGUUCAGUUAGAUUUAAGUAUAGAAACAGUAAAGUAAAUGCUCACUGUUUAAUAUGCAUUGUAAACUGUCUGAUCACUCUUUCUACAAUUGUAAGUUUUAACGUAGCUAAUAAGUGCGAUUGUUGGCUCAAUCCAUCUUAGUCCCUAUGCAAUUAAAUCAGACACAUUUUAAAAUGCAGCCUAUAAUAUCAGUUGUGACAAUGUAGCAUUUCUCAGUGAAAAUGUGGUCAUUUUGCAUAUGUAUUAUGGUCUGUUAAACUGAUAAAAGCAUGUUUUUAGUUAUGUAAACAUCAAGUAAUUUACUGGAUUGUGACAUUUCCAAAUUAUGCCCAUCUUUGCCUUGGUUGUUUUUUAAAAUUACGAAGUAUAAUGUAUUUAUAUAAGUCCUAAGUGUUUCAUUUGAUGCAUUGGUAAUAACUGUCAAACCCAGAUCGUUGUGUGUAUAUAUAG